AAGGAAAGACAGAGAGGAAAGGUUCCUCUAAAGUUGCCGGAAUUGUUUAACCGGAGCUCCGACUACUCUCUCUCUCUCUCUCUCUCUCUCUCUCUCUCUCUCUCAUCUAUUUCUUCCUUCUUCUUAAUCACUUUAUGCUCUCUGUUUCUUGGGUGUGUCUCUCGUUCAUCAAAGCUGCAUCUACUAGCUUACACAACACAGUUGUUGAUUCCUCGUAUUUACAUCGUGUCCCAUGCAAGUUAAGCCCUGAAAGGACUCCUUUUAAAAUAACAAUUGAAACAGGACUUGUUGGGUAGUAAAAACUUGUGGAGACUUUCGCAUAAAUCAACACUUCCUGUUCUUCAAAGAGAGGUCGUUAUCUCUAGGGUUUUUAUAGGGUUUGGUUUGAAAUGGCUGAGCAAAAGAAGCGCUCUUACUUGGGAGCCACGAAACCCUGCAAAAACCUCAAGAGGAAUACUUUUCAGCUAAACCGCCUCCCUGGUUUAUCUGAAGAUUUGAAGACUAUGAGAAAACUUCGUUUCGUAGUGAGUGAUCCUUACGCUACUGACUAUUCAUCCAGUGAAGAAGAAGAAGAAACGUAUCAGACAAGGAAACGUUAUGUCUGUGAGAUCGACCGUCCCUUUUCUCAAUCAGAAUCUGAGAGCUCGUCUUGUCAUAAUGAUGAAAGCAAAGCCAAAACCUCUAGUGUCAAGAAGCCUGUUGGUGUAAGGCAGAGGAAAUGGGGCAAAUGGGCUGCUGAGAUUAGACAUCCAAUCACCAAAACAAGAACUUGGUUGGGUACUUACGAGACACUUGAACAAGCAGCUCAUGCUUAUGCUACUAAGAAGCUCGAGUUUGAUGCUUUGUCUGCUGGUGCUUCGUCUGAGAAUGCUCUGUCAGAUGAGUCUGAUUCGGCAUCAGGAUCUAACGUUGAAGCUGUGUCAAGCAUUGAUCUUGAUAAGAAGUUGAUUGACUUUAACUUGACAGAUCUACAGAUUCCAGAUAUGGGUUUCUUCAUUGAUGAGUCAUUGAUCUCGAAUGCAUGUGAGCUUGAUUUUCUAUUGCCAGAAGAGAGCGACCGGUUCUUAGAUGAUAUGAACAUCAUUCGUCUCGAAUGUGACGGUCCAAGCGACCUUCCAGACUAUGACUUCUCCGACGUGGAGAUCGAUCUUGGUCUCAUUGGAAACACCAUUGACAACAAGUUUGCUUUCUUCGAUCAUCAUCUCGCAACUCCUCUUAAUAUCGCGUGCCUAUAAGUUUUGCAGCUAGGUGUUAUUAUUAAUUAGUUAUAGGUGCCAAAGUAAAAAGCUCUGUUUUUUUUUUCAAAAGUUAUUACAGUAAAGAAGAGGCAGUUUAUCUCAGGUGUAGCAAAGAGAUAAGUUUUGUGUGUUCGGUGUUACAAAACAGUUCUGUUGACAUUAAUAGUUUUGAUGUUGUGGAGAAGAUGAGAGAGGUGAGAUUGAAAUUAUAAUCGUUAUUUAUGUGAAACCUAGUUAUUGUUUUGUGA